UCCAGCGCAGCCAUGGCGGCUACGGUUUUCGUGCUAGCGAUAGAGUGGCGGCGCCAGGCCCUGCGGGGAUUGCAGUGCCAGAAAUGGAUACAGGCAUCACGAACGAGAAAAUAUGCUUCUGCAACAGGACCAAGGAAUAUCGAGAAGGUCCUCGUGGCAAAUCGAGGUGAAAUAGCAUGCAGGGUUAUGCGGACUGCCAAGAAGAUGGGGGUGAAGUCUGUGGCAGUUUUCAGUGAUGCUGACAGGAAGUCAAUGCAUGUAGCAAUGGCAGAUGAAGCGCAUUUCAUUGGCCCGGCACCAUCUCAGCAAAGCUACUUGUCCAUGGAAAAGAUAAUGCAGGUGGCCAAAACAUCAGCAGCACAGGCUAUCCAUCCAGGCUAUGGGUUCCUGUCAGAAAACACAGAGUUUGCAGAGCUCUGCAACCAAGAAGGAAUCAUUUUCAUAGGCCCUCCUUCGUCUGCUAUCAGAGAUAUGGGCAUUAAGAGCACUUCCAAAGCCAUAAUGUCUGCAGCCGGAGUUCCUGUUGUGCAAGGUUACCAUGGUGAAGAUCAGUCUGACCGUUGCUUGGAAGAGCAAGCCCGAAGGAUAGGGUAUCCAGUCAUGAUCAAAGCAGUUCGUGGAGGUGGAGGAAAGGGUAUGAGAAUUGCUCUUUCAGAAAAAGAAUUUCGAGAACAGUUAGAAUCAGCCAGGAGAGAAGCUAAGAAAUCUUUCAAUGAUGACGCCAUGUUGAUAGAGAAGUUUGUAGAUAAUCCAAGGCAUGUAGAAGUUCAGGUAUUUGGAGACCAGCAUGGCAACGCAGUCUAUCUGUUUGAAAGAGACUGUAGUGUACAGAGAAGACAUCAGAAAAUUAUUGAAGAAGCUCCGGCGCCAGGAAUUAAGCCUGAAGUGAGAAGAAAACUCGGAGAGGCAGCUGUUAAGGCAGCUAAAGCUGUGAACUAUGUUGGAGCAGGAACUGUGGAAUUUAUAAUGGAUAGUGAACAUAAUUUCUAUUUCAUGGAGAUGAACACCAGGCUGCAAGUGGAGCACCCAGUUACAGAGAUGAUCACAGGGACUGAUUUGGUGGAGUGGCAACUUAAGGUUGCUGCAGGAGAGAAGAUCCCUUUGACUCAGGAAGAGAUCUUGCUCAAGGGACAUGCGUUCGAAGCUAGGAUCUAUGCUGAAGACCCAAACAAUAAUUUCAUGCCAGGUGCUGGACCCUUGUUGCAUUUGUCCACACCACCCUCUGAUAGCUGUACCAGGAUAGAAACUGGGGUAAGACAAGGGGAUGAGGUUUCUAUACAUUACGACCCAAUGAUCGCUAAAUUAGUUGUUUGGGCCGAGGAUCGUCAAGCAGCAUUAAGGAAAUUAAGAUACUGCCUUCAACAAUAUAAUAUUGUAGGGCUAAGCACCAAUGUGGAUUUCUUAUUGAACCUCUCGGGCCAUCCAGAGUUUGAGGCUGGAAAUGUCCACACCAAUUUUAUCCCUCAACACUAUGAGGGGCUCUUCCCUCCCAAAGAGGCGACACCGAAAGCGUCCGUGUGUCAGGCAGCUCUAGGACUCCUACUGAAAGAGAAAAUGAUCACAGACACAUUUAGAGUUCAGUCAGGAGAUAAGUUCUCUCCAUUUGCAUCCAGCAGUGGUCGAAGGAUAAAUAUACCUUACGUUAGAAACCUGACUCUUCUUGACGGUGAUAAUAAUGUGAAUAUGACUAUAACCUACAAUCGUGAUGGAUCAUAUGACAUGCAGAUUGAAGAUCAGUCUUACCGUGUUUCUGGAUGCCUUUCAAGGGAUGGUGAUUCCGAUUAUAUAAGAUGUUCAGUAAAUGGAGUUGUUCGUAAAUCAAAGCUGGUAAUUUUGGAUGACGCCAUUUACCUCUUCUCACCGGAAGGCAGUGAGCAGAUUGGUCUUCCAGUGCCAAAAUACUUAUCUGGAGUGAGCUCAGCUGGAGAUCAGGGUGGAGCUGUGGCCCCCAUGACAGGGACAAUAGAAAAGGUGUUUGUGAAAGCUGGGGAUAAAGUCCAGGUUGGAGACCCACUCAUGGUUAUGAUUGCUAUGAAAAUGGAGCAUACCAUACGGGCUCCGAAGGCAGGAAUAAUAAAGAAGGUUCAUUACCAGGAAGGCUCACAGGCCAACAGACACGCUCCACUAGUUGAGUUAGUGGAAGAAGACUCUGAAUCAAAAUAGUCCCCAUUGAAUGGAGUUGAUGGCUCUCAGCUGAAAGCAAAAACUGUCUCAUUUGAAAGUAUUGUAUUUUGAGUUGACAUGGAGUUAAGUAAAGUUAUCUCUGUUGUAUUAAGUCUGUGCUGGGUCACUCACAUGUGCAGUUCAUCCGUGGAUACUUCAGUCAGUGCAUGGUAAACAUGCAUUUGAGUACUGGCCCUAAGAUGUUCCUGGGAAUCUAAAGAACAUCAAAUGUCUUGCUGAGGAACUGGACUUGGAAGGGCUGUGGUCAAAGUUCUACUCAGGAAUGAAUUGAAUUUGGUGUUUCUGGACAAGUUUAGUUCCCCAAUUCCCUGUUGGUGAAAUUGUCAUAAUAAUGGGUUGUAACGCAGGAUGGUCAUUGAGGUUGAUGAGGUAAGAGAUCUAGAAUCAUAGAAUAGUAGAGUUGGAAGGGGCCUACAAGGCCAUCAAGUCCAACCCUAUAGUCAUAGGGUUGACAUAGAACCCUAUAAAGAACUUUGCACAUUGGAGACAGGAGGGCAGCAAAGCAGUCACAAGUAGCACAGAUUGCCAGAAUCAAGUUCUUUUGAAGUGAUUCAUGAUGAUAAUUUGCCCACCUGAGCAAUAAUACCUGUUGACCCUGUAAAGUGGCUGUCACGAUACUUAAUUGCCUCAAAGGCCAGGUGCAAUUACCUUAAUUAUUUUAAAGAAUUUUGAGAGCUGUUGGUAGGAAUGGCAAGAGCACCUGGAUUGCUUAUUGCUGGGCUAAUCUGAUAAAAUGGAAUCAAUGUGCCAUCAGUCUGGCAAUGGUGCGUCUCUGCGGCUGUGACUCUCCUUCCCCCAUCGCCCCUCCCCAUGGAAUGGCGGCGCCCCGAUAAGGUAAGCAGGAACCAGCUCUGCCUUUCGGUGGGGAGGUUGGGAGAGAGACGACUACUCAACAGUGUGUGAACACUACUCCACGGAGCACUACUUCCAUAUCGCCCAAGUGCGACAUGCAAAUAGUCAUCCGUGGAGUGGACUAUUCAUACUCUGUGAACUAAAGUGUUGUCUGAACGCACCCAGUGUUUGCCUAAUUUAUACACGCUUUUGUUUCACAAGGCAUAGAAUUGGUUAAUAUUAACCCUAUUGGAUAUUUAGAAAAGGACUGGUUUUGCUUCAUGAAGGCUAUCAUGGUAAAACUACGGAAUUUCUGUAAUUAUCAUUAGGGUUCACAAACUUUUUCUCA